AUGUGGACGAGUGCGAGCGAGAGGACAAUGCGGGCUGUGUGCACGACUGUGUCAACAUCCCUGGCAAUUACCGAUGCACCUGCUACGACGGAUUCCACCUGGCACAUGAUGGGCACAACUGUCUGGAUGUGGACGAGUGCGCCGAGGGCAACGGCGGCUGCCAGCAGAGCUGCGUCAACAUGAUGGGCAGCUACGAGUGCCGCUGCCGGGAGGGCUUCUUCCUCAGCGACAACCAGCACACCUGCAUCCAGCGGCCCGAAGAAGGAAUGAACUGCAUGAACAAGAACCACGGCUGCGCUCACAUUUGCCGGGAGACACCCAAAGGGGGUAUUGCCUGUGAAUGCCGGCCUGGCUUCGAGCUCACCAAGAACCAACGGGACUGUAAAUUGACGUGCAACUAUGGUAACGGUGGCUGUCAGCACACAUGCGAUGACACAGAGCAGGGGCCCCGGUGCGGCUGCCACGUGAAGUUUGUGCUCCAUACCGACGGGAAGACAUGCAUCGAGACCUGUGCCGUCAACAACGGGGGCUGCGACAGUAAGUGCCACGACGCGGCGACAGGCGUCCACUGCAGCUGCCCCGUGGGCUUCAUGCUGCAGCCGGACAGGAAGACCUGCAAAGACAUAGACGAGUGCCGCCUGAACAACGGGGGCUGUGACCACAUUUGCCGCAACACGGUGGGCAGCUUUGAAUGCAGCUGCAAGAAGGGCUAUAAGCUUCUCAUCAACGAGAGGAACUGCCAGGAUAUAGACGAGUGUUCCUUUGAUCGAACCUGUGACCACAUGUGUGUGAACACGCCGGGAAGCUUCCAGUGCCUCUGCCAUCAUGGCUACCUGCUAUAUGGUGUCACCCACUGUGGGGAUGUGGAUGAGUGCAGCAUCAACCGGGGAGGUUGCCGCUUUGGCUGUAUCAACACUCCUGGCAGCUACCAGUGUACCUGCCCCGCAGGCCAGGGCCGACUGCACUGGAAUGGCAAGGAUUGCACAGAGCCUGUGAAGUGUCAGAGCAGUCCUGGUGCCUCGAAAGCUCUGCUCAGCUGCAACCGCGCCGGCAAGAAGGACACCUGCGCCCUGACCUGCCCCUCCCGGGCCCGGUUUUUGCCAGAGUCGGAAAAUGGCUUCACGGUGAGCUGUGGCACCCCCAGCCCCAGGGCCGCUCCAGCCCGAGCUGGCCACACCGGGAACAGCACAAAUACCAACCACUGCCAUGAGGCUGCAGUGCUGUUGGUUAAACAGCGGGCCUCCUUCAAGAUCAAGGACGCCAAAUGCCGCCUGCACCUGCGAAACAAAGGCAAAAUGGAGGAGGCCAGCAGAAUCCUGGGGCCAGGUGCCUCCUGCUCCGACUGCCAGGUCACCUUCAUCCACCUCAAGUGUGACUCCUCUCGGAAGGGCAAGGGCCGCAGGGCCCGGACCCCUCUAGGCAAGGAGGUCACUCGGCUCACCCUGGAACUGGAGGCAGAGGUCAGAGCCGAAGAAACCACAGCCAGCUGUGGGCUGCCCUGCCUCCGACAGCGGAUGGAACGGCGGCUGAAAGGGUCCCUGAAGAUGCUUAGAAAGUCCAUCAACCAGGACCGCUUCCUCCUGCGCCUGGCGGGUCUUGAUUAUGAGCUGGCCCACAAACCGGGCCCGGUAGCUGGGGAGCGAGCUGAGCUGGUGGAGGCCUGUAGGCCUGGGCAGCACCGCGCAGGGGCCAAGUGUGUCAGCUGCCCGCAGGGAACGUAUUACCACGGCCAGACGGAGCAGUGUGUGCCAUGCCCAGCGGGCACCUUCCAGGAGAGAGAAGGGCAGCUCUCCUGCGACCUUUGCCCUGGGAGUGAUGCCCACGGGCCUCUUGGAGCCACCAACGUCACCACAUGUGCAGGUCAGUGCUCACCGGGCCAGCACUCUGUGGAUGGGUUCAAGCCCUGCCAGCCAUGUCCCCGUGGCACCUACCAACCCGAAGCGGGGCGGACUCUGUGCUUUCCGUGUGGCGGGGGCCUCACCACCAAGCACGAGGGGGCCAUCUCCUUCCAAGACUGUGACACCAAAGUCCAGUGCUCCCCGGGGCACUACUACAACACCAGCACCCACCGCUGCAUCCGCUGUGCCACAGGCUCCUAUCAGCCUGACUUCCGCCAGAACUUCUGCACCCGCUGCCCAGGAAACACAAGCACUGACUUCGACGGCUCCACCAGCGUAGCCCAGUGCAAGAAUCGUCAGUGUGGUGGGGAGCUGGGUGAGUUCACUGGCUAUAUCGAGUCCCCCAACUACCCAGGCAACUACCCAGCUGGCGUGGAGUGCGUCUGGAAUAUCAACCCCCCGCCCAAGCGCAAGAUCCUUAUCGUGGUACCCGAGAUCUUCCUGCCAUCUGAGGACGAGUGUGGGGACGUCCUCGUCAUGAGGAAGAACUCCUCCCCAUCCUCCAUUACCACCUACGAGACCUGCCAGACCUACGAGCGCCCCAUCGCCUUCACCGCCCGCUCCAGGAAGCUCUGGAUCAACUUCAAGACCAGCGAGGCCAACAGUGCCCGUGGCUUCCAGAUCCCCUACGUCACCUACGAUGAGGACUAUGAGCAGCUGGUAGAAGACAUUGUGCGAGAUGGUCGGCUCUAUGCAUCUGAAAACCACCAGGAGAUUUUAAAGGACAAGAAGCUCAUCAAGGCCUUCUUCGAGGUGCUGGCGCACCCCCAGAACUACUUCAAAUACACGGAGAAGCACAAGGAGAUGCUGCCAAAGUCCUUCAUCAAGCUGCUGCGCUCCAAAGUUUCCAGCUUCCUGAGGCCCUACAAGUAGUGCCCUCUGCC